AUGGAAAACACGACAUCGUCGAGAAGUCGCAGGGCGGCUAAGGCUUGCGCCUUUUGUCGCCGGAGGAAGCUGCGUUGCGAUAACGAAAAGCCCACCUGCUCUAGCUGCAAGGGGCAUGGAGAAGAAUGCGUCUACUUAGCACGUCCCGAAAAGCCAAGGCCGUCCAAAGCACACAUCUCUCGCCUCGUAGCGGAGAAUCAGCAAUUACAACAACGACUUGCCACCAUUGGAGCUCGAACGCAGUAUGGGAGUGAUUCCACAGAGUCUAGUCUCAAUCAACAGCGGCCUGGAACGCAAGAUCCGUCACUGGGAACUAUUCCGAGUCGAUCGACGAUCGAUGAACAAGGGGCCAGUGCUGUGGGUCGUCGACCUGCAGUAUCGCGCAUAUUCAUCUCUCCCAAUGGCGAUUCGAGCUAUCAUGGGCUCACCAGCACUUUGUUCGACGAUGCACCUGUGGAUCGACACGGCGGGACGACUGAUCCUCAGGUCUCCGAAACGCAUGUCAAGAAGCGCUUGAUGGGAGAGGCUGCUUAUCAGCGUCAAUUGGAGAUGAUGAACAUGCGGGCGGGUAAGCUGGACUUUGACGGGGUCGACCCAGAUCUAGGAAUGCACUUGCUGUCCUUGCAUUGGAAUCGCCAGCACCACUCGUUCUUGAUCACCUACCGUCCAGCAUUCAUGCGCGAUAUGGCCAACAAUGGUCCGUACUUUUCUAAGCUUCUGCUCAACGCCAUCUAUUUUGGCGCCUCCAAAUUUAGUGAUCGCCCGGAGGUCCGCCGGGACCCUGACGAUGUCCGAACUGCAGGGUGGAUCUUCCGCAUGCGAGUGAAAGAACUGCUAGGCAGUGCUCUCGAUCGGAGUGAGAUCACCACUAUACAGGCGCUACUCGUGAUGACCAGCUCAUUAUUCGCGCUUGGCGACGAACGGAGCGCUGCGUGGUUAUACGCUGGUACGGCGUUUCGAAUGAUCAUCGACCUGGGCAUGCACGUCGAUGCCACGACAUUGUCCAACAUGCGCCGGAUUUCGGACGAGGACCUGGAAAUCCGCCGGCGCGUCUUCUGGGGGGCAUUCGUGGUCGAUAAGAUCCAGUCGCUCUACCAGGGCCGUCCUGCCAGCUUACAGCACUUCGAUACAAAGGUCUCGUUGUCCUUUCUGGAUCAAUUCGAAGAGCUGGAACAUUGGCAGCCGUUUGCUUAUUCGGAUGUUCGAUCGUAUUGCGGGUCUCCAGCUUAUAGUGUGUCAACAUUCACUGAGCUUUGCAAGCUGUCCCUGAUCCUGAAUGGCAUCCUAAAUGCCGUAUAUUCCGAACGGAGCUCCAACGUGUCGCCACAGGAGCUUAUUGCUUCUCUGAUGUCCUUGGACGCACAACUACAGAGCUGGCAGCAUGCGCUUCCUGCGCACUUACAGUUUAGCAGCGACUCGGCCCAGCCACCGCCUCCGCCCCAUGUUCUCUCUCUACUAGCUUUAUAUAACGUUCUGCUCAUUCUUCUCCAUCGACCGUUUGUGGCCGAGGGACAUCUUCAUACCGCCGAUCCUUCGGUCGCGUAUAACUCGUUUAACACAUGCUCGGUAGCAGCAAAUCGGAUUCUCGAGCUACUCCAGGCUUAUGACCACGCUUUCUCUAUUCAACGAGCUCCGUAUCUGAUAUCUUACGCAACCUAUGUCGCAGCAACGAUCCAUGUUCGGGUGGCAGCCCAGCGAGAUGACGGCAGUCGAGCUCACGCUCGUCUGCGAACUUGCAUUGAAAUCUUCCAGAAGAACCUAGAGACUAACUGGGCCGUGCGCCGAGCUCAGAAAGUAAUUCUCGGCUUGAUGGAUCGCAUGGGGGUUGUAUUGGACAACCACCAGACUUACCAAGGUGGUCAAGCGGCCACCGGCACGAUCGACAGUAGGAUGGAGCAACCCGCCAGAAAUCCGGUAAAUCUUGAGGACGAAAGACCGCUGCAAUCAGCAUCCGUGACAACUCGGAGGAGCGCAGAAAUCGAGCCAUCCGAUUUGGAUAUGGAGAUGAUCAUCCAAAGCUUCAUCCGACAAGACGCGGAUAACAAUUUCCCGCCUGCUACAGCGGUCCCAUUCGGCACUGUGGGCAUUCCAGCUCCGACUAUGUUGCCUCCCCAGGAAGAGGAAUCUCUGGCUGAUAUUUGGGAUAGCGAUAUGUUAUUUGGGUUUAAUGGCUCACCGUGGAAUGGGGCUCUUUACCAAUAA